AGUGAACCAAAAAAAUAUUAUCAAUUAAAAAUAUAUGUACGUGUAUUUAUUCAUUCUUCUAACUAUCAUUUCUGCAGAAGACUACUACAAAUUACUAGAAGUAUCCCCAGAAGCAAGUGAUAAUGAGAUCAAGAAAGCUUUUAGAAAGCUCUCUGUAACAUACCAUCCUGAUAAAAAUCCUGGAGAUAAAUAAGCUACAAAAAGAUUCUAAGAUAUAAAUAAAGCUUAUGAAAUUCUAACAGAUCCUGAAAAAAGAAUGAUCUAUGAUUUGUAAAUUGAUUUCAUAUAAUUUUUAGUUAUGGAGAAGAAGGACUUACUAAUCCACAAUAUUAAAAUAGACCAAAAGGUCCUAAUGCUUAAGCAGAAAUUCAAGUAACUCUAGAAGAAUUGUAUAAUGGCACUGAUAGAGAAUUUACUUUAUAAAAAAAAGUAUUAUGCAAAUAGUGUAAAGGAACUGGAUCAAAAGAUGGAACAUUAAAACAAUGCAAACAUUGUAAUGGUAGAGGUUAAAGAAUGCAAAAUGUUAAUAUGGGAAUAGGAUUUACUGUCUAAAUGCAAACUACUUGUGAUAGAUGUGGAGGAAGAGGGAGAAUUAGUUCAGGAAAUUGUGCUAAUUGCAGAGGAAAUAGAGUUUAAUAAACAUCGAAGACUUUAUAAAUUGAAGUAGAAAAAGGAAUGAUUGAUGGAUAAACAAUUGUGUUUAGAGGAGAAAGUGAAUAAAGUCCUGAUUAUUUCCCAGGAGAUGUUAUCUUUUAUUUAAGAUAAAUUAAGCAUCCUAUAUUUGAAAGAAAAGGUAAUGAUUUAUACAUGGAUAUGGAAAUAACCUUAAAAGAAGCUAUCUUAGGAUUUAAAAAGAGAGUUAGACAUUUAGAUAAUCAUUAUGUUGAAGUUGAAAGCAAUAAAAUUAUUUAACCAUUUGAAGUAUUAUUAAAUAUGAUGUUUUAAUAGGUUAAGUUAAUUGCUCAAGAAGGUAUGCCUAUUCAUUAACUUCCAAGUGUUAAAGGCGAUCUCUUUAUAAAGUUCAUUGUUAAGAUGCCUACCAAAUUAACUGAGCAAGAAAAAGAAUUUAUAAAGAAAAUAUUUGCUUGA